GGUGGCACCACUGAGCCAACCAAAGAGAAAGGGAAGAAGGGAGGAGAGAGGGGUGGAAACUCGGGAGAAAAGAAAUGUGGUCGAGAUGAAGCAGAGUUGGCAGAGGAAGCCAGAGGGUUUCUUUCCAAAAGGGAUCCUGUCUGUGUAUACUAUACAUAGGGGAAACGUAAGACCUUGAGGAUCUCCUUCACAAAGUGGUGGCCCCAUCCCCCUUGGAGAACAAAUGGCUUUCCAAAGUCAAAUUCCGGAGGAAAUUUGAGCAGGAUCCGGAUCUGGACAGAAAGAAAAAAAAGGAAGGAAAGAAAGAAAAGAAAGAAAAGCUGGCAACGUGGAGGGAAGAUCACAGCCUGGAAAAGAUGGGGAAAUGAAUCCCCUUCCAGCAGCAGCCAAAAUCGAUAUUCGGGCUCCUUUGAGGAGGCUAAUGGCGGCUUAACCCCUUCCCUUCUCCUCCGUUGCCUCGAUCAAUAGUAACCAAUGUCAACGAUUAGGGAGCAGCCAAUCUUCAGCGCCAGGGCCCACAUCUUCCAGAUCGACCCGGCCACCAAGCGGAACUGGAUCCCAGCCAGCAAACAUGCCCUGACCGUCUCCUAUUUUUAUGAUGCCACGCGCAGCGUGUACCGCAUCAUCAGCGUGGGCGGGACCAAGGCCAUUAUCAACAGCACGAUCACCCCAAAUAUGACCUUCACGAAAACCUCGCAGAAGUUUGGCCAAUGGGCCGACAGCAGGGCCAACACCGUCUACGGCCUGGGCUUCGCCUCAGAGCAGCACCUCUCCCAGUUUGCGGAGAAGUUCCAGGAGGUAAAGGAAGCAGCUCGCUUGGCGCGGGAGAAAUCGCAGGAUAAGACGGAGCUGACCAGCCCUGCCCUGAGCUUGACUUCCCCACAGAUCUUGCCCAGCCCCAUCAUCAGCUCCAAUGGGCCCGGUGACGAUAAGCUUUUCCGGAGCCAAAGCGCGGACAUGGAGAUGACGACGGAAAGAGAGCGGAUCAAGAAGAUGCUAUCUGAAGGCUCUGUCUGCGAGGUCCAGUGGGAGGCUGAGUUCUUUACCCUGCAAGAGAACAACAACAAGCUAGUGGCUGCUUUGCAUGAAGCCAACGCCAACGUGGAACAAUGGAAGAAACAGCUGGCGGCCUAUCAGGAGGAGACGGAGGCCCUGCGGCUGCGGGUGUCUGAACUGGAAUCCCAAAGAGGGGCAAGCGACUUGCCCAUUGUGGUCAAAGGAGAGUCCACUCCAGCCUUGGAAGAGCUAGAGCAGCUAGUGAAAGCCAAAGACGAGGAGCUGCAACAGCUGAAGAGCCAGAAAGGGUCCCAUUGGGAAGCUGGCAGCGAGUGCGAGGAGACCCAUCAAAAGGUGCAGGAUCUGGAGCGCCGCAACGGUGACCUGGAGCGCCGGCUGACCCUGGCUGAGCGCUCGCUGUCGGAGACGCUCUCUGAGCGGGAGAAGAUGCACCAGGAAGUGGCCAAAGUGGCCGAGAUCAUGGACAUGAAGAUCUUUGAGCUGAGCGAGCUGCGGCAGGACUUAGCCAAGCUGGUGGAAAGCAACUGAAACCCCAAACGGGAGCGGCUGCAUCCGGUUUGCCAUUGAAACGUCUGGUAGGAACCCCAACUUGGCCUUCCUUUGGAUUGGCGACCACGAAGGGAACUACCUUCGGACUUCGGUCUCCUCUUCCCUGAUGCUUUCAUUUCUACGGAGCCGACGAUACCCCGCCUUGUCUUUCCCCUUUCCCUUGGGAUUUUAGAUCCUGUAUCCCCUUCUUACACUUAGAUAGGUUUUGAUAGAAAAUGGUUCCCCUUCCCCUCUCCUCUUUUCCUAUCUAAUUCCUCCCCCCCUCUUUUUUUGCAGUGACUUUUUAAUCAGACCCCUUUUUAUAUAGCUUGAACGCAGGUCUCCACAAACUGCAGCUCUUUUCUCUUUUAGAAGGAAAGAGGGGUCUCUCUCUCUCUCUGACUUUUAUUUUCAUCUGCAACCACCUCCUGUUGUAUACGGUUCCCAAAAGCAAGCAAUGAAUUAGGUUUUAGCAAUUUGGGAGAACGUGACUAUGGGAUUCAGGCAAAAGAGAGGCAGGGAAAAGGGUCUCCAUGCCAUAGAAAAUAAAGGAUGUUGCUCGGGUGAAACAAAUGGAGAAUUGAGCCAUAAAACCUCCAAAUGGAUGGUUCAGAAUACAGAGAGGGUCAGGUAUGUUACUCAGGAGAUUGGCCUGAUAGUUAGCAAACCCAAGGCUGGGAUUACAACACCUAUUAUGCCUGAAUGUAUACAGAUGAAGCUGUGGAUUGUGUCGAGGUGUUCUUAUGAAUGUUGUGGAAAGGCAAUAUAUACAUAUAUACAUACACGCACACACAUAUAUAUAUUUACAAGGGUAGAAUGAAAUGUCUUGGGUUCUCCUUUGGUGCUUCCACCUCGAUUUUGGGCCAGAUUGUUUUCACAAUCUGGAUCUCUGUUCAUUGCCCUUCAAUGAAACCCUCACCAAAGAAAAAGGGGAAGGGGAAAAAAAGCAUCGGCGGACUGCAGCAAGGCAAACGGAGGGAAAAACAUGCUUCGAAAGAGAGAUGUUCAAUUAUUGAUGGCGCGACACAGCAGGCGGCAAAAGAGCCACCGAAGAAAAGCAUCGCUGGGAAGGCUCCGAUUCUUAUUUACCCAUCUGUUCCUUUGACCACUCUUCAUCCAACGUGUCUUCUCUGGUUUGUGUCUGAGCAGGCAUUUCUAGGGAGGCGGAAUAAAAUAAAUCUCUUCCUAUUA